CUCCCUCCCUCCCUGUUCUCCUCGGAUAGGAGGAGAUGCUGGAUCCGAGAGAAGGUCCGCCAUUAUCGGGAAGCUAGAAUCGCUCUUGUCUCCGCCGUCACAGAGCAGUAUUAGCGGCUGAGCGUCGAGACGCAGAGCGGACAGCCAGGCGGGUUGUGCGGGGAGCGGCCACGGGAUUCAACGAGCGGGUCUGCGCACCACGGCGGAGGCGCUCUGGACUCCUGGUCUGCGACACAACAAAGGAAAGAAGAAGUGGUCAAAACAAGGAGGUGAGGAGAGGAGGAGGCGCCCCGUGUCCCUCCCCGCGACGCGCCUCACAGCGGGACGCCCCGGCUCGGCUCUGUUCGGAGACCAUUCGGUUAUUUGCGACUCGGAAGAAAAGACCAGAAAGUAAAAACGCACAUCGCUCCUGAAACUUUAGCGUAACUGCAGAUCAAGCUUCAGGGACUCCACGGCGAGCCGUUGAAUAAAAGAAGAACAGAAUACAAAGCAAGUUACUAAACGAGGGCUGGAGGGAAAAGGUUCUCCUCGUGGUUCUCCUCGUCGGGUGGAGGUCUUCUCGGACCAGCGGAGGAGUGGACUGGAGACAUCAGGGAGGAAUGCUACGGACCCGCUGAGUCCUUCGUGUAUGGAAACCCUUCCUCGCCGGCCAACUCCUCGUCCUUCUCCCCGCGGCCAGCAUGGCAGGAUGAGCCGCUGGCAGCGACCAUGAUGGCCAAGAAGCAAGACCCCCGGACCCCCACCUACAACCUGGUGGUGGUGGGGCUGUCGGGCACGGAGAAAGACAAGGGCCAGUGCGGCGUGGGGAAGUCCUGCCUGUGCAACCGCUUCGUCAGGCCCAGCGCCGACGACUUCUACCUGGACCACACCUCGGUGCUGAGCACCAGCGACUUCGGCGGCCGCGUGGUGAACAAUGACCACUUCCUGUUCUGGGGCGAGGCGGGCCGCGUGCUGGACGAAGGGCCCGAGACCCGCAUGCACGUGGUGGAGCAGACGGAGUUCAUCGACGACCAGACCUUCCAGCCGCACCGCAGCACGGCGCUGCAGCCCUACAUCAAGAGGGCGGCCGCCACCAAGCUGUCCUCGGCCGAGAAGCUCAUGUACUUCUGCACGGACCAGCUGGGGCUGGAGCAGGACUUUGAGCAGAAGCAGAUGCCCGAGGGGAAGCUGAUGGUGGACGGCUGCCUGCUGUGCGUGGACGUCAGCAGGGGCAUGAACCGGAGCUUCGAGGACCAGAUGAAGUUCAUCACCAACCUGUACAACCAGCUAGCCAAGACCAAGAAGCCCGUGGUGCUGGUCCUGACCAAGUGUGACGAGGGUGUGGAGCGCUACAUCAAGGACUCGCACACCUUCGCUCUCGCUAAGAAGAACCUGCAGGUGGUGGAGACGUCGGCGCGCUCCAACGUCAACGUGGACCUCGCCUUCCUCACGCUGAUCCAGCUCAUAGACAAGGGCAAGGGGAAGCCCAAAAUAAUCCCUUACUUUGAGGCCCUGAAACAGCAGAGUCAGCAGAUCGCCUCGGCCAAAGACCGCUACGAGUGGCUGGUGAACCGCAUCGUGAAGAACCACAACGAGACCUGGCCCGACAUCAGCCGGCGGAUGCAGAGCUCCGCCGAGUACCGGGACUACGUGUUCCUGGAGGGCACGGCCAAGGCCAAGAAGCUGUUCCAGCAGCACGUCCACCGGCUGAAGCAGGACCACAUCGAGCGGCGCCGGAGGGCCUACCUGAGCACGCUGCCCCAGGCCCUGUCCCUCCUGGUGCCCAAGCUGGACGAGGUGGACCACCUGAGCUGGUCGGGCGUCCAGAAGGUCCUGGAGACCAAGAGGGACUUCUCCCAGUGGUUCAUCGUCCUGGACGACACCCCCUGGGAGACCACCCCCCACAUCGACGUCAUGGAGGACGAACGCAUCCCCCAGGACCUGCUGGAGACGCCGGCGGCGGAGGCGGUGUACGAGACGCACCUGGAGCAGCUGAGGAACGAGCGCAAGCGGGCGGACAUGCGCUGGGAGUUCAAGGAGAAGCUGAGCGUGUCUCCCUUCAUCACGGCCGGGAAGCCGUGGGAAGAGGCCCGCAGCUUCAUCAUGACGGAGGACUUCUACCAGUGGCUGGACGAGGCCGAGUACCUGGACAUCUACAACAAGCACCAGAAGGAGAUCAUCGACCGCGCCAAGGACGACUUCCAGGAGCUGCUGCUGGAGUUCUCGGAGCUCUUCUACGAGCUGGAGGUGGACGCCAAGCCCAGCCGGGAGAAGAUGGGGGCCAUCCAGGAGGUGCUGGGGGAGGAGCAGCGGUUCAAAGCGCUGCAGAAGCUGCAGGCUGAGCGAGACGCGCUGGUGUUGAAACACAUCCACUUUGUGUACCACCCCACCAAGGACACCUGCCCCAACAACCCCCACUGUGUGGACAGCAAGCUGGAGCAGAUACUGGCCACCAGGUUCCCCACGCGAUACGCAUCGGAGCCGUCGAGGCAGGACGGGGGCCGGGCCGACAGAAUCAACCUGGUGAUCCUGGGCAAGGACGGGUUGGCCAGGGAGAUGGCCAACGAGAUCAGGGCCAUGUGCACCAGCGACGACCGGUACAUGUUGGAGGGGAGGAUAUACGAGCUGGCCCUCCGUCCCAUCGAGGGCAAGGUACGUCUGCCCGUCAACUCCUUCCACACGCCCACCUUCACCCCGCACGGCUGCCUGUGUCUGUACAACUCCAAGGAGUCCCUCUCCUACGUGGUGGAGAGCCUGGAGAGGCUCCGGGAGGUGACCCUGGGCCGGAGGGACCGGGACAACAGCCUGGCCCAGCUCCCGCUGUCCCUGCUGCUGGUCACCAAGAGGGGGGUGGGCUCCAUCGGGGACAUCGGGGGGGAGACGGCUCAGACGCUCAUCCACCAGGGCCAGCAGGUGGCCGGCAAGCUCCAGUGCGCCUACCUGGACCCCGCCUCCCCGGGGGCGGGCUACGGGAGGAACAACGUGAGCGAGAAGCAGAUCAACCAGAUGCUCAAGGGCCUGCUGGAGUCCCGCCGGAGCCUGGGCAGCAGCACCCCGCCCCUCCCGCCGCCCUCCUCCGCCUUCAGGGACCCCCAGGCCCAGCCGGUCCCGGACGCCGUCCUCCGCAUCGUCAUGUGCCUGAUGUGCGGCGACACCUACGACCUGGAGCAGCUGCUGGCGCCCUUCCUGCUGCCGCAGCACUGCCGCCCCGCCUCCAGCCUGAGCAACGGCACCUCGGUGCUGCUGGAGCUGGCUGUGGGCGCGCAGCGGCAGAGCAUCGAGCUCUCGCUGCUCUCCUUCCACUCGUCCUUCGCGCUGCGCAAGAGCCGGCUGGUGCACGGCUACAUCGCCGUGUACUCGGCGCGACGCCGCGCCUCCAUGGAGAACCUGUGCGCCUUCCUGUGCGACGUCCAGGACAUCAUCCCCGUGCAGCUGCUGGCGGUCGGGGAGAGCCAGAUGGAGGUCUCGGACUCGGAGUCGGCCCGGGAGCAGAUCAGCCAGGGAGAGGAGUUGGCGCACGAGAUCGAAGCCCGGUUCAACACGGUGAUCUGCGGGCACGGCGGCGUGGUGGGGGGGCUCCAUAAGAUAGACCUCUUCCAGCCGUUUCUCAAGGAGGUGGUGGAGAAGCGCACCAUCGUGGAGGCCACGCACAUGUACGACCACGUGGCCGAGGCCUGCACCAACGAGAGCGUCAGCCCGCGCUGCGGAUCGCCCAGCCCGGUGCACGCGCUGCUGGACUCGGAGGACGACGUGGAGCCGUCGUCGCCCUACCCCACGCUGCGGGAGGACGGCAGCCUGGGCUCCCACAUGGGGAGCUUCAAGCUGCCGGACCUGGACUCCAGCGACACCUUCUCGGUCAUCUCGGAGAUCAGCUCGUUCGAGAGCAAGCUCAACAACAAGAUGCCGCCGCAGGUGAAGCCCAAGCCGGUGCGCAAGGUGAACCUGGGGCCGUACGUGGACCAGCAGCAGGGGGGCACCAACCGGCGCUCCAUCCCCCAGGCGGUCACCUGGGCGUCGGGCAGCGACGGCGGCUACGACCCGUCGGACUACGCCGAGCCCAUGGACGCCGUCAGCAAACCGCGGCCCACGGAGGAGGAGAACAUCUACUCCGUCCCGCACGACAGCACGCAGGGGAAGAUCAUCACCAUCCGCAACGCCAACAAGGGGCACCCCAACGGCAGCGGCGGGGGCAACGGCUCGGACAGCGAGGCGGACAGCAGCUCCCUGGAGCGGCGGAAGCUGUCGGCCGUCGGGGUGAAGCCCAAGCUGUACCGGGAGAUGUCCAAGAGGCUGGGGAAGUUCAGCAGCUUCAGGACCAGCUUCUCCAUCGGCAGCGACGACGAGAUGGGCGGGCCGCCCAAGGCCAGCGUGGACGAGCUGGGAGGGGCCCACAAGGAGAACUCGGUCAACGAGGAGAGCGAGGACCCCAAGAAGAGGAACAUCCUCAAGAGCCUGCGCAGAACCACCAAGGUGAGCGCUCGCGGCUGCACCGGAGGUUCUGCCCCUCUGCCGACCCUUGACCUCUGA